UGGCCCGUAGGGGGCUGGAGAGGCAGAGCGCAGCCGCUCAGUCCGGGUCAGUUGGUGCAGCAACAUCCACUGUAUGAAUGACAGCGCACUUGUCCGACCGACCGACCGACUCAGGGAGACGUUUCUCCGCUUCACGUGAACCGUUAGAGCGCUGCGUCCGUCUGAGCUGGAUUUUUUUUUUUUUUUUUUUUUAACAACACCUCACCUCACCUCACCUCACCUCGCCUCACGGAUCCAUCCGCAGCUUACAGCCGCCGGAGCAAGACAUGUCACCGUGAUGUUACAGCCUCCAUCUUCGCUGUGACAAAACCAUGAAGAGAUGACCGGCUUGUAGAGCUGACAGCAGAGGAGCUGACGGUAAAUGAGAGGCCGUCACCAUGCCCCCGGGGAAGUAUGGGAUGCAGGAGGAGUGGGAGAAGGAGGGCGUCCACGAGAUCAUGAUGGACUUCCUGCUGCCUACUGGGAUCUUCCUCAAAUUCCCUGUGUCUCGGAAUGAUACCAUCAAAAACAUCAAAAAAAUGGUUUGGAAAAAUGCCAGAAGCGAGGCCCUUUUCAGUGCGCUGGGUGAUCCCGACGCGUACGUCUUCACGUGCAUCAACGAGACAGCAGAGAGGGAGGAGCUGGAGGAAGAGUUUAGGCGUCUAAGCGAUGUGCGACCCUUCAUGUGUGUUCUGAGGCUGGUGGCGAGGGAGGGCAACCGAGUAGAGAAACUCACCAACACCCAAAUCAGCCUGCUAAUUGGCAAAGGUCUGCAUGAGUUUGAGUCCCAGAAGAACCACGAGGUGAAUGAGUUUCGGACUAAGAUGCGCACGUUUUGCGAAGAGAAGGCUCAGGAGCGGCAGAUGCUGCCAUGGCAUCAGUGGAUGGAGUACAGCUUCCCAUGUGACCUGGAGCCAUGCUGCUCUCCACCCCACUGUGGUAGCUCGAAGUCUAAAAACACCAAGAUUUUCAUUAACGUCAAGUUUGAGGCUUCUGAUGAAAGCUUCAUGCUGCAGCAGGGUCCUCAGGACUGCCCACUGGCUCUGAUGAAAAGCGCCCUGAAGAAGAAGGCCACCGUUUUCCGCUCUGUGCGACAGGAGCCUGAGGACUACACGUUACAGGUCAAUGGGCGGUUGGAGUUCAUCUAUGGUAAACAUCCCCUGUGCCAGUUCAAAUACAUUUUCUCAUGUUUGAGAAAUGGCCAAAACCCUCACCUAACCAUGGUGCACCACUCCACCAUCAGCAAGCUUCAGGAGGAACAGGACAGAAUGUGCAACCAAAUAUACAAGUGCCGCUCCUUGUCCAGACCUCCUCCUCUGCCCCUGAAGAAGCAGAAUACCUCAUCUCUGUGGUCCAUCAAUGAGCCUUUCUACAUUCACCUGCUGCAGGGCAGCCGAGUCAAUGCAGAUGAAGGAAUGAAGCUUGUGGUGCAGGCUGGUCUGUUCCAUGGCAGCGAACUGCUCUGUAAGGUGGUGACGAGCUCAGAGGUGGCAGUGUGCUCUGAGCCGCUGUGGGAUCAAAAGCUGGAGUUUGACAUAAACGUGGCCGACCUGCCUCGCAUGAGCCGCCUGUGCUUCGCGCUCUACGCUGUCAUUGAGAAAACCAAGAAACCCCGCGGCACCAAAAAGAAGAAUAAGAAAGCGGAUUGUCCCAUAGCCUGGGUGAACACCAUGGUGUUCGACUACAAGGACCAACUAAAGACUGGGGAGUUCCUCUUGCCCACAUGGCCAUCUGUUCCUGAUGACAAAAGCGAUCUGUUGAACCCGAUGGGAACAGUUGAGAAGAAUCCUAACGUGGACAGUGCUGCAGGGCUUCUCAUUCAUUUCCCCAACAUCCGACCACAUCCUCUUUAUUAUCCUCCACUUGAUAAGAUAAGUGACAUAGAGAGGAAUGGUGAUGCAGCUAUUGCCACUAAAGAAGAGUACAUGAAACUAAAAGAAAUCAUGGACAACAAAAACUACACCGAGUUUUUUGAGGAUGAGAAGGAACUCUUGUGGAAGCUCCGUGCAGAAGUCCGCGACCAUUAUCCAGAAAGUCUGUCCAAGUUGCUCCUCAUCACCAAGUGGAAUAAGCGAGAGGACGUAGUUCAGAUGGUGAGUCUGCUGAGGAACUGGCCGGACCUCCCUGCCAUCCAUGCCUUGGAGCUCUUAGACUACAGCUUUCCCGACCCAGCGGUCCGUUCUUUCACCAUCAGAUGCCUCAGGAAGCUCAGCGAUGAUGAACUCCUACAGUAUUUAAUCCAGCUGGUCCAGGUCCUGAAGUACGAGUCCUACCUGGACUGUGACCUCACCACUUUCCUUUUAGAGAGGGCUUUGUCCAACAGGAGGAUAGGACACUUUCUGUUUUGGCACCUCAGAUCAGAGAUUCACGUCUCAUCUGUGACUUUGCGUUUUGGCCUGAUUCUGGAGGCCUACUGCAGGGGAAACAUCCACCACAUCAAGGUCUUAUCCAAACAGAACGAGGCUCUGGGCAAAAUGAAGGCCCUGAGUGACUUUGUCAAGUCGGGCUCCCAGAAGAUGACAGCUGAGGACCUGAAGCUGUGUAUCAGACAGGACUCCUACCUGGAGGCCCUGUCAGAAAUGCAGUCACCGCUCAACCCCUGCAUCAUCCUCGCUGAGAUCUGUGCAGAUAAGUGCAGAUUUAUGGACUCCAAGAUGAAGCCGGUCUGGCUGAUGUAUAAGAACCACAAGGCUCAAGGAGACAUGGUGGGCAUCAUCUUCAAGAAUGGAGAUGAUCUUCGACAAGACAUGCUGACCCUCCAGAUGAUCCAGCUCAUGGAGACUUUGUGGAAGAAAGAAGGCCUUGAUCUCAGGAUGACUCCAUAUGGCUGCUUGUCCACUGGGAACAAGAUGGGGCUCAUCGAGGUGGUGAAGAACUCUGACACCAUCGCCAACAUCCAGCGCAACAGCAGUAACAGUGCCGCCACCGCUGCCUUCAACAAGGAUGCCCUGCUCAACUGGCUCAAAUCUAAGAAUCCUGAAGACAAACUUGAUCAAGCAAUAGAAGAGUUCACGCUGUCCUGUGCUGGCUACUGUGUAGCUACUUACGUCUUGGGCAUUGGAGAUCGUCACAAUGACAAUAUCAUGAUCAGGGAAACUGGACAGCUGUUCCACAUUGACUUUGGGCAUUUCCUGGGCAACUUUAAGCGGAAACUAGGGAUCAACAGGGAGCGUGUGCCUUUCAUCUUGACUUAUGACUUUGUCCAUGUGAUCCAGCAAGGAAGGACAAACAACAGUGAGAAGUUUGAGAGGUUCAGGGAGUACUGUGAGCGAGCCUAUAAGAUCCUAUGUCGGAACGGGACGCUGUUCGUCAACCUCUUUGCUAUGAUGAAGGCAGCAGGCCUACCAGAGCUCACUUCCUUCAAAGACAUCCAGUAUCUAAAGGAUUCUUUAGCGUUGGGAAAAUCAGAGGACGAGGCGCUGAAGAAUUUCAAAGUAAAGUUUAACGAAGCUCUGCGAGAGAGCUGGAAAACCAAGGUCAACUGGAUGAUGCACUCCUUGGCCAAAGAUAACAGACCAUGAAGAACACUGAACACCUGAGGACAAGCCAAAAAAAUUAUGGAUUUUAACUUAUGGAGAUAAAAGGGAAGAAAACACAAUCAAAUAUUUUACUUUAUUGAAAGCAUUCAAAGACACUCAGCAAAUGUUUACAUCGGACUGGCCUGUCAUUGGUAAAUAGCGACUAAGUGGAGGCGUCCAAAGACAGUGCGAUUCUCAUGGAGCAUCAUUUCAGCAUACAGAUAUUUUCAUGAGGGAAGCCCGUCAAACUCAUCUUUCGCCCGUCAAACAAUGGAACGCCUUUGCCUUGGGGACAUAUCAAAACAGUCAAUAAACCCGAUUUUUGAUUUGUUGAAAUCGCUACUUGAAAACGCCACUCUUAUGCAAAGGUGUCAUGAAUCACUGAAAGAGAAGCAGAGACUGAAAGUUCAUCUCACCGACUGCAUUACUCAGCAGGGAGCAGAUGAUAAUUUAUGACGACCUUAGAUGAUACCUUUCAGUCACGAAGUACAAUAACAGGGCGGCAGUUUCACCUCAAGUCUUUCGUACAGUUUGAUGUCUGUGUCAUUUCCUUUCAUUCCAACUGCCUAUUUGCAAUUGUGUCUUAAUUUUUUAUUUUAUUUUAUUGUAUUUUAUUUAAUUUGGUAACUCUUAAGUACUUGUACAAAGUCAUGAAGGAUAUUUUAAAAAGAUAUUGUGUUUUACAGCUGUAUCACUUAUUGAUGUGUAAUAUUGCCUUGAAGUACAGUAUGUUGCCUUUGGAGUGCCAUUAGACAGGAAGCAUUGUAACAUUUACAAUUUCUUGUAAGAUGAGAAAAUAACUUUGAAUGGGACCUUUAUUUUGAUAACUUCCCUGUGUACCAGGCUGUGAUACCCAGUAGAUCCUCACUAAACAGCAACUACACAUUAAAGGAAUAGUUUGACAUUUUGGAACAUAUGUUCAUUUGCCUUCCUACCGAGAGUUAAAUGAGAGGUUCAAUAACACUCUCAUGUUUUUCCGUUAAACGUGAAGAUGACGCCAGCAGCCGUUUAGCUUAGCUUAGCACAAAGAGUGGAAACAGCUGGAAAAACCCGGUUCUGCCUGGAGGAAACAAAAUCUGCCUAGCAGCACUUCUAAAAAUGAAACAUAAUUAAUUUGCAAGCUUUAGAGGUGCUGAUGUGCAGAUUGUUUUUACUUUUGUGCAGAGCCAGACUAGCUGUUUCCUCCUAUUUCAAGUAUUAAUGCUAAGCUAAGCUAACCGUCUCCUGGCGCCAGCUGCAUCUUUAACAGAUAGAUAUGAGAGUAGCAUAGAUUUUCUCAUGUAACUCUUGUCGAGAGACUAAAAUUUCUAACUAUUCCAUUAAUGAAAUGACUGCCAUUAAUAACUGGACAAAGAAGUGAUCUCAGGUGCCAGGCAAAGAUGUUAUAGAUGUUUGGUGAAAGUAACAGACAAAAUAUUGAACACAUGCUUCAGUAUGACCCAAAAAUAAGACAAUCUGUGGACUUGUGUAAAGCCAUAGACUUGUGGGUGUGUUUCUCAAAUGUGAUGCUGUUCACAUUGCCCUUUUGAAAGUGUAAAUCUGGACUAUGUGUACUAUUGCAGAUGAAGCUCUGUGUGUGUGUGUGUGUGUGUGUGUGUGUGUGUGUGUGUGUGUGUGUGUGUGUGUGUGUGUGUGAGUGUGAGUGUGUUGUUUUUUUCAAUAUUUAACUUAUGCAUUGUGAUUUCCAUUGCGUUCUUUUGAACUGAUGUGCCAGGUGCCAUGAAAGAGAUUUCAUGCUUACAGUGUCAAACACCUCUAUAUUUUUAUGUAAUGCUGUGCAAAAUGGUGUUUUGUCUGUUAUAAGUGAGUCCAUGUGCUGGAUGAUUCAGUUUUAUGGUGUGUUCAGAUGACUUUACACUCUGUAGAUUCUGCCAUCGGUGCUGCAAGGACCGAUUAAUGAAAGACGACCAUGUGCUUUUCAUAGCCUUUUUAUUUUGCCUAACAGUUAAAAUGAUCUUUACCGUUUGUAUGAGUCUCUGUACAAUGAUGGCUUUUACAGAAGAGCAAGUGUAGCUGUGGAUUAUACAGCAUCAAUACCUUAAACUACUGAAAUAUUCACUGUGGAAUAGACUUUAAACAUGGGUCAUCAGUGUCCCUCAGUAUGGGCUUAGCUAAACACUGCUGCUUUAAGCAAGGAGGAGUGAGUUUACUCAGUUUAUGGGCUACUUUUGCAAAUUGUAAAAUAUACUGCUGUUGCCUUUUGAAUUGAUUGUAAGUCAUGAAUUAUGUGAAAUGGUACCAAUCCUUUAAGGCUCAGGCCUGAUUUACAUGUGUGCAGCUAAAACAAAGACAAAUUGUCCUAUUAGCAUUGGUUUGAUGCAGACCUGUCCUUUAUCUGUGUCUUGUUUUCACCUUUGCUUCUCUUGUUGUUGGGAGGAAAACCUACACUCAAUAAAUAAUUUGCAAA